GUAGACCACACUCGAGGUCUGCGAGAAGCCGAUACUCAGCACCAACGGCUACUCGGUUCAACAACCAGUUGUGCGAUAUCGCCUAUAUCGAUUCCUUCGACCGCAACUCGCCAGCCAUUUACGCUCGCAACAGGCUCUACCAAUCUGAGGAUCCCUGGAAACUUUGGGCGCUGCGCCGAUUUAGAGCAUUUUCACGUCUAUGGAGAUCGCAAGUCUCGCAUCCCAUACAACCUCGGAAGCGAAUUUCUUAUCCCCUUUGAUCCUCGCUGCUUCCUACACCCAUCCGUCAGGGCGUCGACUAGGUCCAAGUCUGGGUGUCGCGAGCUUAGCACCAUCGUGCAAGACGAAAUGUCGACAGUAGACAGCACAGGCUUCGAAGAAGCCCAAGGCUCUACAACACAACCCGAUGCGCCGGCGCCUCGGGCCAGUCCUAACCCGGUCAAUGUGGCGGCUAUUGCCGUGUCUAUCGCACUAGCAGUCAUAUUCCUCGUCGGUCUGGCUAUAGGGGUGCGCUGUUGCAUCGUGCGGAGGCGGAAGGCCGAAUUGGAACAACAAUUCGACUUGGAGCAACAGAAGAAGCGGGAGUUAACCGCAUCACCGGACAGCACGAUCUACCCGACACCGCGAGAUGUCGGCGUCGAGUCUAGAAAAUCGGUCGAUUCGGUGGCGGAUUCGCAACACAGCUCGAUAUGGGGGGAGACGGCAGCACCCUCGAUCGCCCCCCGCUCCUCGAUCGGCGGGGAUGUUUGGGAUAGCCGGAUGUGGCCGCUGCCGCCGGGGCAUUCUGAACGAUACACCUUCUUCAGCGAAACCAGCUCGAUAGUAGGCGAGGCGACAUCGGACAUUGGGCGGCGAAGUAUAGAAAGCCGCGACGAGGAAGCGAAUGAGAACGAUCGUGGCUCGGCCGCGAAGGAGAACCGACCGAAUACGGGAGACGAGCGGGGCGCCGAUAGCGUCGCCAGACCGCCCUGAAACAACCACGGCAUGAUGGAAUAGUAACGAAUACCACUCCUCCCCGAAUCCGCCGGAGGGUUGGGAAACAACCCAGGCAGGCAUAUAUA